AUGGAUAAUCUGAGAGACAGAACAAGUCGACGGUGGCCUAGCCGUAUAGCCGAAAAGUUUGUUCCCAUCUCGUUUUGGACUGAGGAUGCCGAGGGCAAUUAUCUCCUUGACAUUGAUCUUCGUGGUUUCAAACCUGAGGAGGUGAGAAUUGAGCUACCUUCAGCUGAUCAUAUAAAGAUUGAAGGAGAAAGGAUAGUGAAUGAGAACAAAUGCAUAUACAUUGACCAAACCGUCCCAUUGCCAGAGAAUUCAGAUACAGAAAACAUCGUUGGGAAAUUUAAAGGUGAACAUCUCCACAUUACAGUCCCAAAGAGAAUGGUAGAACAAAAUAAAGAAGAGGAGAGUAAGAAUGGAAAUGGCAACAAAAGUAGUGCAGAAGGAGGGAGUUCACAAGAGGAAGAAGAAUCAAACGACAAUGGCGAAAAUAAAAGGAAACAUGAACAUGGUCAUGUUGCUGCUAAACAGAGUCACGACAGCAACGAAACUCGUCGUGUUGCUAGUUUCCCCGAAGAGAGUAUAAAGAAAUGGGAAGAAAAAGAUGGUUUCCAAGAAGAGGAGGUGAUGGUUGGACUUGCUUACCCUGGCCAUGUAACAAUCAGUGGAGAAAGGAUAGUGAAUAAUGACAAAUGCAUAUAUUUUGCACAAACUUUACAACGACCAGCGACUAUUGAUAUGAAUAAGACAGGUCAAAAUUUUGAGGAUGAAAUGCUCUGUCUAACUUUCCCAAAGAGAGUGGAAGAAAAGAAUGAAAAUGGUAACCCUGCGGCAGAAAAGAAUGCACAAGAAGAACUAAUGGAUGAUGAAAAUAAAAGAAAACAUGAUGAACAUGGCCAUGCUGAGAAUGAAGAACAGGGCAAGCAAACUGAGGAUCAUGUUGUUAGUGUUCACAAAGAGAUGAGAAAUAAGGGAAGUGCUUUUGACAAAAAGGAGAGGGGCCAUGGUUUGGAGGUGGAAUCAUGUGCCUUGCAGAGGCAUCUACCACCAACGGUGCUUGUAUGA